AUGGCCAGUGACCGCACAUGCGGUUAUAGGACCGCAGAAGCGGACCGCAUCUGUGGAGAAAGGAGCGCAGGUGCGGUUUCUCCCCGUUUAAUGAAAUCUCGCAGGUGCGAGGCCCCAACCGCAGAAGCGCGACCGCAGAUCCAGGUUCUUCUGCUCAACCGUUCUAUUAGUGAGGCGGGCGAUAUCAGAGACUUCGAGCAUGCACUUGAGGAAGAAGUUAAUGAUAUCCUGGCACCGCAAGGCAUGGAGGAUAACAUUGAGGCUUCCGUUCCGAAAAAUGAUGUUGCGGUUCAACAACUAGAUCAAAUUGUACCUGUAGUGGCUAGUCGUAGUGGGAGAAUAAUUAAAAGAUCUCUUCGGUUUGAGCUUUUGGGGGAAUCUUAUGAUAGAAUCCAUGAAGAGCUUAACGAUGAAGCACUACAGGAUACAAACGCUAAAAACUGGGUUGUUUCUAUGAAAUCUGAAAUAGAGUCCAUGUACUCAAAUCAAGUUCGAGACCUUAUAGAACCACCUACUGGAGUCAAACCCAUUGACGGUAGAUGGAUAUAUAAGAAAAAGAGAGGAGUGGAUGAAAAAGUGUAA